GCCUGUCAGAGCCUGUCGUCAGGUGGGGCGAGAGCGGGCGGGAGCGCCGGCCCGGCGGCGCGCGCUCGUUGGCAGGGCUGGCGCCCCGGUGCGCAUGCGCUCCUGCCUGGCCCAGCGCACUCCUGCAGAGCCCUGCGAGAGGUUCGACCGUCCUUCCUCCUGGUACCUGGUGGGAGGUGGAGCAGUGAUUAAUGGAUGCCUGGAAGUUGACCUACAUAUAUAUUCAGAAAUGUUUUGCCACCUGAGACCUGUGAGGAGGUUAUGUCCAGGAAAGAUAUUUCCAUACUGGUUUCUCUACUCGAGAGCUUUAUCAGGAGGUGAAGCAGUCAAUGCCUUGAGGCCAUUCUAUUUUGCUGUACAUCCAGAUUUCUUUGGACAGCACCCCAGGGAAAGGGAAGUCAAUGAAAAUUCUCUUAAGAGAUUAAGUGCCUACUUAGAAAACCUCCAGAAACCAGGCUUCAAGUCUUUGAAACCAACCCAGCUUAUGUUUUAUGUAAGAGAAACAGACCAGAACUCCUCUGAUGGCCAGGAACACUUCAGCACUUCCGGAUUUCGAGCAGUCAAAUUUACUUUGCACACCAGAGAUCUGCUAAGCACAGUGUUAUAUAUUCUCAACUCCUGCAGUUUAUCUAUUGAACAUGUCCAAAGCUUGAAUACUAAUGUGCACUCCCAGCCUCUCAAAGAGGCGAAAAGGAUAUCUGACAGGCCCAUCAAAUGGGACAAGUCUUACUACUCCUUUACUGGAUUCAAGGACCCUGAUGAAGACCUUGAGCAAGUCUGGAGAAUGGAAACAACCCUAACAUCCUGGUUAGAUAGCAAUGGGAAAAGUGCUGUUAAAAAGCUGAAGAAUAGUUUGCCACUUAGAGAAGAACUAGAUCGUUUAAAAGGUGAACUGUCCCAUCAAUUGCAGCUCUCGGAUAUCAGGUGGCAGAGGAGCUGGGGCAUCGCCCACCGCUGCAGCCAGCUGCACAGUUUAGGCCGCUUAGCCCAGCAGAACUUGGAAAGCCUUAAAAAUGCAAAAGGAUGUACAAUAAUAUUUACAGACCUGUCCGGGAUGAGUGCAGUGGGCCAUGUGAUGCUGGGAACAAUGGAUGUCCAUCAUCACUGGACAAAACUUUUUGAAAGAUUACCGAGUUAUUUUGAGCUGCAGAGGAGGCUGAUGCUUCUGGAGGACCAAAUAAGCUAUCUUCUAGGUGGCAUCCAAGUUGUUUAUAUUGAAGAAUUACAGCCAGUGUUGACACUUGAAGAAUAUUACUCUCUUCUCGACGUGUUCUAUAAUAGACUCUUGAAAAGUCGAAUACCUUUUCACCCUCGAAGUUUGCGUGGUUUGCAAAUGAUCCUUAACAGUGACAGAUAUGCUCCAAGUUUGCACGAACUUGGGCAUUUUAACAUUCCAAUCCUCUGUGAUCCAGCAAACCUCCAGUGGUUUAUUCUCACCAAAGCCCAACAGGCAAGAGAGAACAUGAAAAGAAAAGAAGAGUUGAAAGUCAUUGAAAACGAAUUGAUGCAGGCUUCCACGAAGAAAUUUUCUCUGGAAAAGUUUUAUAAGGAGCCCAGCGUUUCAAGUAUACAAAUGGUGGACUGUUGUAAGAGACUUCUAGAACAAUCACUGCCUUAUCUACAAGGGAUGCACCUGUGCAUUUCACAUUUUUACUCUGUUAUGCAGGAUGGAGACCUUUGUAUUCCUUGGAAUUGGAAGAAUGGAGAAGCCAUUAAAUAACACAGAAAUCUGUAUUAUUUUUUAAAGAGAUAAGAAACUGCUAAACUUAUUUAAAUCCACAAUUUGAUGUAACAGUAUUACUGAUGUGUUACAAGAACAAAGUUUCUAACUGCUGCUUUAAAAGUAGACCUUUAAAAAAUUAAUUUCUAUUAGGAAAUUUGUUUUAAAAAGGUUUUAUCUCCCAAUCUUGUAGUGUUUCUUAUCUGAUUGGCAGGACUGGCUGAAAAGAUGUUAGAAAGGAUUCUACAGGGUGAAAGAUAGAUAUAUAUAUAUAGAUAUAUAGAGAUAUAUAUAUAUAUAUAUACACACACAUAUAUAUAUAUAUUUUUUUAUGAGUGAAUGUUGGUAAGUAUAAACAGGUCUCGUUCAGUAUAGCUCUGGAGUUGCGGAACUCAUUUCCACUUGUAACAAUUCAACGUGCGACUUUAUAGUUACAUCACAUGUAUCGAUACACACACCUGUAUUUUGCAGCCAAUCAUGGACAGUUUGAGUCCAAAACAGAUGACUGAUGGGUAGUAAAACUUCGUUAAUCAAAUUUUGCCUAAAGAGAGAGUAGAUGGGAAAAAGCAAUUGAAUGAAUAAAUGAUAUUGACAUUAUCAUAAGCUGUCUGAUACAGUUUGUUAAAGCAUUUCCAGAAACAGAGAAUUUAAAGUUUUCCUAUGCAUUAAGAUAGUCUAACUGUUGAUAGCCUAUAACCAAGAGACAGUGAAUUUUUUUGAAACACUGAAUGAGGUGAUUCAUUUGUUUGAAGGACAAACACUAUCCAGAAAAAUCCUUGUUUCUCAAAGAGUUCCAUCAAGUAGGGCCAAGUUUAAAAUGAUUCGGGCCAUUCAGGAUCUGCCACCCCUCUCAACCCCGGUCUGCCAAUGAUUAGAACGCUGGUUAGAGCCCCUCUGAGUCACCCCCUGUCCAUAGUUGUGUGGACUCCUGGACCCACCACCCAGCCCAGCCCCAAGCCCUACAGACAAACACAGGGCUUCUCUCUGUGGAUAUUCCCCUUAGGAUAAUAUUUUUAACCAGAUCCAAAAACCUCUUCAGCUUGUUUCUCAAGAGGACAAGGUGAAUCCAGGUUUGUAACAACAUUUUUGAGACUCUAACUGCUGAAGAAAUAAGAAAGGAAUUUUUUCCAUAGUGCGUUAGAAAGGAAAAGAGAUGCUAAAAAUGAUUCUCGAAGCAUAUGUUAAAUUUAUCUAUAACAAUGAUUAUUUGAACGCUUUAAAUUCAAAUUGUGUGUUUGAAUAAGUAUUGAUUUGUAAUUAUUAUAGUUUGUGCAUAUCACCCGUUUUAAGCUGUGCCUAACAACUGUACUUAAUUUUUUUUCUCAUGUAAAAAUGUUGGCUGGGCUUCCCUGGUGGCGCAGUGGUUGAGAGUCCACCUGCCGAUGCAGGGGACAGGGGUUCGUGCCCCGGUCCGGGAAGAUCCCACAUGCCGCGGAGCGGCUGGGCCCGUGAGCCAUGGCUGCUGAGCCUGCGCGUCCAGAGCCUGUGCUCUGCAACGGGAGAGGCCACAACAGUGAGAGGCCCGCGUACCGCAAAAAAAAAAAAAAAAAAUGUUGAUGCCUAUAAAAGUUUUCCAGAGCCAAAUGAUGGGAGUGAAAAAUUCUUUAGAGGUUACAUAGGAAAAUUUAUUUGAGGGAAUUCCCUGGCAGUCCAGUGGUUAGGACUCCACACUUUCACCGCCAAAGGUGAGGGUUCGAUCCCUGGUUGGGGAACUAAGAUCCCAAAAGCCAUGCAGUGUGGCCAAAAAAAUAAUAAUUUAUGGAAAUAUAGGUUUGGAUUAUGCCAUUUCUAAAAUCAACUAAUAUAGAAUCCUCAGUAACAUGUUUUGAAUUGGACUUUGUCUCAGAACUAAUUGUUACAUAAUAAGUAAUACGUUAA